AUGACAACCAAAAGGAAAAUUAUCGGCCGCUUGGUGCCCUGCCGGUGUUUUCGUGGUGAAGAAGAAAUUGUCUCAGUGUUGGAUUACUCUCACUGUGGCCUACAGCAGGUGCCAAAGGAGGUUUUUAACUUUGAACGGACAUUAGAGGAGCUUUACCUAGAUGCCAAUCAAAUUGAAGAGCUACCUAAGCAACUGUUCAACUGUCAAGCUUUACGCAAACUGAGUAUACCAGACAAUGACCUUUCAAGUCUGCCAACCACUAUUGCUAGCUUAGUUAAUCUCAAAGAACUUGAUAUCAGUAAAAAUGGAAUUCAAGAUUUUCCAGAAAAUAUUAAAUGUUGUAAGUGUUUAACAAUUAUUGAAGCCAGUGUCAAUCCAGUCUCUAAGCUGCCAGAUGGCUUCACACAACUUCUAAAUUUGACCCAGCUCUAUCUAAAUGAUGCCUUUUUGGAGUUUCUUCCAGCUAACUUUGGAAGACUUGUCAAAUUGCGAAUUUUGGAGUUAAGAGAAAAUCACUUGAAAACUCUACCAAAGUCAAUGCACAAACUGACUCAACUGGAGAGACUUGAUCUGGGCAAUAAUGAAUUCUCUGAGCUGCCUGAGGUUCUCGAACAAAUACAAAAUCUAAAGGAAUUGUGGAUGGACAAUAAUUCUUUGCAAAUACUACCUGGGUCUAUAGGGAAGUUAAAACAGCUCGUGUACCUGGAUGUGUCAAAAAACAGGAUAGAAACUGUUGAUUUGGACAUAUCAGGAUGUGAAGGACUUGAAGAUCUCCUGUUGUCAUCCAAUAUGUUGCAGCAAUUGCCAGACUCCAUAGGACUGUUGAAAAGGCUUACAACUUUAAAAGUAGAUGAUAAUCAGCUUACAAUUCUGCCAAAUGCAAUUGGAAAUUUAUCUUUAUUAGAAGAAUUUGACUGCAGCUGUAAUGAGUUGGAGUCCUUGCCUUCUACCAUCGGCUACCUUCAUAACCUGAGGACAUUGGCUGUGGAUGAGAAUUUCCUUCCUGAACUGCCCAGAGAAAUUGGAAGCUGUAAAAAUGUAACAGUGAUGUCUCUGCGCUCUAACAAGCUAGAAUUUCUUCCUGAUGAAAUUGGUCAGAUGCAGAAGCUGAGAGUGUUGAAUCUGAGCGAUAACAGACUGAAGAAUUUGCCAUUCACUUUUACUAAACUUAAAGAACUUGCAGCUUUGUGGCUUUCUGACAACCAGUCCAAGGCUCUCAUUCCACUGCAAACUGAGGCUCACCCAGAAACAAAGCAGAGAGUACUGACUAACUACAUGUUUCCCCAGCAACCCCGCAGUGAUGAAGAUUUCCAGUCAGACAGUGAUAGUUUUAACCCUACUUUAUGGGAGGAGCAGAGACAGCAACGUAUGACUGUUGCCUUUGAAUUUGAAGAAAAAAAGGAAGAGGAGGAAAAUGCAGGGAAAGUUAAGGUUGAAAUAAAUCUAAAACGUUAUCCCACUCCAUACCCGGAGGAUUUAAAGAAUAUGGUAAAAUCAGUUCAAAAUCUGGUGGGCAAAACAAGCCAUGGAGUACGGCCUGAGAACUCAACACCAACUGCGAACAGUGAACAAACUGUGAAAGAAAAGUAUGAGCACAAGUGGCCCAUGGCACCAAAGGAGAUUUCAGUGGAGGAUGCCUUUGGACAUCCUGCCAGUGAGAUGAGGAUAGGGGAACUUCGUCCUUCCAUGCCAGAGACUCCGUUGUACCCACCCAAACUCGUUCUUCUGGGUAAAGAGAAAAAAGAAUCGACAGAUGAGUCUGAAGCAGAUAAGAUCCAUUGUCUGAAUAACAGCGUUUCCUCAGGCACUUACUCAGACUAUUCCCCUUCCCAGGCUUCCUCAGGGUCCUCCAACGCGCAUGUUAAAAUGGGGUCCUUGCAGACAACGGCUAAAGAAGCAGUGAAUAACUCUUUGUGGGGGAACAGGCUGGCACAGUCAUUUCCACAGCCCCUUGAAACAAAGCCAUUGCUGAGCCAGCGGGAAUCUGCUGCGGCGGGGAACCUGCCACAGCGCACUGACAGGCGCCCAUUGAGCGACACCUUCGCUGACAGCUGGAACGACAGCUCACACUAUGAUAACACAGGGUUCGUUGCGGAGGAGGGCACGGUGGAGAAUCCUAGUGCUAACCCCCUCCUGAGCACGAAAUCCAGAAGCACAUCUGCGCACGGACGCAGGCCGUUGAUUAGACAAGACAGGAUAGUUGGCAUUCCCCUGGAGCUGGAGCAGCCGACGCUCAGAAACACACAUGAAUCUGAAGUGCCUCCUCCCAAUCCUUGGCAAAAUUGGACCAGAACCCCUAGUCCUUUUGAAGACAGGACAGCUUUUCCUUCCAAACUGGAAAGCACCCCCACCACCAGCCCUUUGCCUGAGCGGAAAAAUCAUGUCAAAGAGUCUCCUGAAAUGACUAGCACUUUCACCCCAGGAAUAGCAUGGGAAUAUCACGAUUCAAAUGCUAACAGAAGUCUCACAAACGUCUUUUCCCAUAUCCACUGUCGCCCAGAUCCUUCCAAAAGUGUUAUUUCAAUCAGCAAGAGUACAGAACGUCUUUCUCCAAUGAUGAGGGAUUUAAAAACUAACAAAUUUAAGAAGUCACAAAGUAUCGAUGAGAUAGACAUUGGUACAUACAAAGUGUAUAAUAUACCCUUAGAAAACUAUGCAUCUGGUAAUGAUACUGUAGGAACCCACGAGAGGGUGGACAAGCUCCUGGGCCCGGAGCACGGCAUGCUGAGCAUGUCCCGCAGCCAGUCGGUCCCCAUGCUGGAUGACGAGCUGCUGACCUACGGCAGCGUCAAGGUGCAGCCGCAGCAGAAGUCAUCCGUCACGAAGAAAGUCUACCAGUUCGACCAAAGCUUCAACCCGCAGGGAACAGUGGAAGUCACAGCGGAGAAGAGGCUACCGCCACCUUUCCAGCUCAACCCCGAGUACAUUCCCCAGCAGAGUAAAAACCUGCCCCAGGAUCUGGUCAGCCCGAGGGCCUACCGCGGCUACCCCCCCAUGGAGCACAUGUUCUCCUUCUCCCAGCCUUCGGUGAACGAGGAGGCGGUCAGUGCCCCCUUUGCGAGCCAGGGGUCUCGGCCGGGGUUCUUGAGGAGGGCGGAUUCGUUGGCCAGCUCCACCGAGAUGUCCAUGUUCAGGAGAGUCAGUGAGCCCCAUGAGCUGCCCCCGAGCGAUAGGUAUGGCAGGCCUCCGUACCGAGGAGCUGUGGAGCGCCAAAGCAGUAUCUCGGUCUCUGAGUCUCAGUUCCUCAAGAGGAAUGGCAGGUACGAAGACGAGCAUCCUUCCUACCAAGAAGUGAAAGCCCAGACUGGAAGCUUUCCAGUUAAAAACCUUACACAAAGGAGGCCGUUGUCUGCAAGAAGCUACAGUACAGAGAGUUACGGCACAUCCCAAACCAGGCCGGUUUCAGCGAGGCCUACAAUGGCAGCUCUGCUGGAAAAGAUACCGUCAGACUAUAACUUGGGUAACUAUGGCGACAAGCCUUCCGAUAACAGUGAUAUAAAGACAAGGCCUACCCCUGUGAAGGGAAAUGAGAGCUGUGCUAAAAUGCCCGCUGACUGGAGACAACAGCUACUUAGACAUAUAGAAGCUAGAAGGUUAGACAGGACCGCUGCUUACAAACACAACACAGUUAGCCUUGGCAUGCUGCACUCUGGAGGUUUUUCAGCAAUGCAUGCCGGCAGAAGCAUGACUUUAAACUUGCAGACUAAAUCUAAAUUUGAAAACCAAAUGCUUCAAGAGCUACCUCUACCGAAAACCCCAUCGCAGCAGAGCAGCAUUCUGGACAACGGGCAGGAGGAGGUGUCUGUGAGCAGCCAGUGGAACCCCUACCCGCUGGGGCGGCGGGACGUGCCGCCGGACACCGUCACAAAGAAGGCAGGUAGCCAUAUCCAGACUUUAAUGGGAUCACAAAGCCUACAGCAUCGGAGCCGUGAGCAGCAGUAUGAAGGAAACAUGAACAAAGUCACCAUUCAGCAGUUUCAGCCACCGCUGCCUAUUCAGAUUCCCUCUUCGCAGAGCUCUCGAGCACCUCAGACAGGGCGAUGUUUAAUCCAAACCAAGGGUCAGAGAAGUACAGAUGCGUAUCAGGAGCAGUUUUGUGUGAGAAUAGAGAAGAAUCCUGGCCUUGGUUUUAGUAUCAGUGGUGGAAUAAGUGGACAAGGAAAUCCAUUCAAACCUUCUGAUAAGGGUAUCUUUGUUACUAGGGUUCAGCCUGAUGGACCAGCAUCCAGCCUGCUCCAGCCUGGCGAUAAGAUCCUCCAGGCAAAUGGACACAGUUUUGUACAUAUGGAACAUGAGAAAGCUGUAUUACUACUGAAGAGUUUCCAGAAUACAGUAGACCUAGUUAUUCAACGUGAGCUUACUGUCUAA